CCCGGCAGCACUGCCACAACUGCCGGGCACUCGGUGUAUUGCACCAGCGCAGCCCUCGGACCAGCGGGUGGAGGCGGUUCCCCGUGCCGUCUCCUCGCUCCUCCCGUUCAUUCCCCGCCCUUCCCGCCGUUCUCCUCCCGUUCCGAUCGCUCCGGUUCCGCCGCGGCCAUCUCGUGGGGCUCGGUGGUACGGGACUACAUCGCCCGGCAUGCCCCGCGGCACGGCGGGAGAACUACAGCGCCCGGCGUGCCCCGCGACGCGCGUGGCUUCAACAUGUCGGCGCCCAGGGCCGGCCGUGGUGUGGACAGCAGCUCGGACUCGGAGAGCAGCGACGGGGCGGCGGAGCGGUACCGGGAGGCGGCGUGGGACUGCGGGAAACUGCGGGCGGGCGGUGCCGUUCCGAAGGAUCCGCCGCAGGCAGCUCGGCACAGCCUCAGACGUGAGGUGAAUGGCCACAAUGAGGAUGGAAAUGAGCUACAGACCACACCAGAGUUCAGAGCACACGUUGCAAAGAAACUGGGAGCAAUGCUGGACAGUUUCAUCACUGUCUUGAAGGAUUCAUCAGGACCUUCACCAGCUUGUGUGCAGCAGUCUGACUGUGGAGAUGAUGGUUUUCGCCUCUUCUCCUCCUCUGUCCCAGGAGGCUGUGGACAAUCAGAGCGUAGCCCUGCCCCAAGGAGGAGACGGCCACCUAGUUCCAGUGACUCAGACAGUGACCAAGAGUGGCAAAAGUGCCAGGAGGCAGCUGUGUCAGCAUCAGACAUUCUGAAACAAAGUGCUUUUCCUGCACUGUCCCAGGAUUCCAGCCAGAAUGUGUGUCAGGGUUAUGUAGAACACAGACAGAAGAAAAAGAAGAAAAAGAAAAUGAAGGGAGAGAACAAAGCUGAAGAGAAAAUAAUAGACCCAGCAGAGUGCGACCAGGUCAGCAAAGAUUUGCUGCGGUUGGUUUCUGCAAACGGACAACACAAGAGACAGGACAGCAAUCAUACAGAUAAUACAGUGUCACCAGGAGCUGGGAAGAAGAAGAAAAAGAAGAAAGAGAGAGAAUAAAGAUUUUGCUCUGCAAAUGGGCAGGUGAUUGUGAUGAAUGGAGGAUGCUGGGAAAAUAACAGAGUUGCUGCAGAUGAGGGAGAACUAAUUGGCAAAGCUUUUGUUCUAAAAGCUCUGUGGCCUGGGAGUCUAAUUAAGGCCACUUCCUAUGUUGUUGACCCCCCCUUGGGGAGCACUUUUCUCCUAGCACAGCAGUUAUCUGUGCUGCUGCGUGUGCAGUCCUGGCGCAAAAGGAUUAAAUACUGUACACAGACCAGUAUGGUGGGGGGUGUAAUCAUAGCUGCAUCCCUUCUGAUCUGUUCUCUUACAUGCUGAAACCAAAUCUUGUCUCCUGGAGAAUGCAUAUGAUGAACUGAACUCAGUUUACAUGGCAACAGGUGGUCAGCUUCUUUUUUGCUUUGAUUUGCCUGUGGGGAAACUCAUUCAUUGAGGAGCAUCUGGCAGAUGUUGGUCCCUGCCCCCCCUCCAUUUUUUUUUCCACCUCUAUGAUUAUCGAAACAAUCUGCUGUUGAAACCUGCUGUGUUACUGAUCCCUCUGUAGUCCACACCUCUCCAGGGCCCCUGCCUGUAAACAGAGGUAAUGAAUUGAGCUUAUUUUGAGGUUGUUAAAAACAAGCAGUUCUGCUGCAUCCUUCUAAAUUUCUCUUAGAGUGUUUCCUGUUUUUUUUUUUUUGUUGUUGUUGUUAUUAAAUUCUUAUACAAUAUUAGUCUUAAAUUUGGCAGGUUUGGGGGACAGCAUCUUUCUUGCUGUGUUAAAUAGCUCCCCCAGCAGAGACAAAAAGGGCUGAAGAUGGCUUUUCAUUUGAGUGCUGAUCAACGCUGUGAAGUUGUUACAGGAAAUACUUUAAUCUCAGUUGCUGAGUUUCAGACCUCGUUUUGGUUGACUACGAUUUUUGUCUGUGAAAACACAGUGGGUUUUGGUACUUUUUAGCAUGGCUCUUAAUCUGUUUGUUUAAGAUUCAGUAUUCCAAGAUACAACCUGUUAUUUGGAUCAAUACUCUGCUUCUGUUGAGUUUCAGUAGGUCAAAUUCAUUGGCUCUAUUCAAGAGACCUAAAAGCUGGAUUAGAGACACCAAAAUAGUGCGCUGAUGCUCUUUGAACACAGGGAGGAAACAAGAUGUUUUCCUUCCUACUGUAAGAUCCUUGUUGUUUGUCACUUGAGAGAACACGGCGUCCAAAAAAUGGAAAGACUAGAAAAUUGCCUUGGAAAUAAUCUGAACAUGACUGAAACUAUUUGUUUUAUGGCCAGUUAAAACUUCAGUUUGCUGAAGCUAGCGCCUAGAAUGUCAAGUGCAUAUCAGUCUAAACAUUAUUUUUUGCCUUGUUCUAUAUGUUUGGUUUCUUUUCCUGCUUUUUUCUGAAUGGAAGUUAAAAUUGAUUUGCAAGUAACGCACAUGGCAGAGCAAGAAGCCAUCCUGAAAAAAUUCCUGAGAGAACCUAGUUACCAGAAUUAAUUUCUGGUUCUUGGCGAUAUCCAGCACAAGGACAAACUCUUAUGGACAUCUGCAAUACUGAAAUUUCCAGGAUUCCUUAUGCACCCAGAAGCCUUCUGCCUUGAUUCUGUGCACCCUGCAGACCUGCAGCUGCGGAGGCUUUUAGAACAGCCUGUCUUGAAGCCAGUGAGAUUUGAAGACUGUGAAAACAGAAAUGAACGUCUGUUUGUAGGCUGGGACCUCACCGAAUGCCACGGCUGGAUGCCACGUGGAGAACACUGAGCUGAGUAUGGAAUCUAUUCAAACACUGGGAAGGAGGUAAGUCUACUCAAUCACUUUAAUCUAAAGAGCAAACCUAGAGAGCUGUCCAUUAUAAACUAUAGGUACAUAAACAACAAAGAAAACAAGGAAGAAAGAAGUGUUCUUUAAACAGCUCCAUCAUCACCUUUAUCUUCACUGUAACCCACCAGUCUGUGUUAGUGAAUGGUCUGAGGCUCUGUUCAGUAUUUCAGGUUCUCUGGAGCAGGAAAACUAGUGAUCUUUGUAAAGUUUCUUCAGGGUUCCAAAUUAUGAGCCAUCAGACCAUGGACCUGGGGAAAUAGGGAGGAGGCUGCUGCCAUAUAUCACCUAGCACUCCUAUUUUAUGCACUGACACAACAGAUUGCAACAUGGUAUUUCUCAGGUUUUUACCAUUUCCAUAACAUGCUGCUGGGAGGUGUGAGGUAUUAAGGAUAGCAAAGGACAAGGUGGGAAGCAGCAAAGCUUUGAGGCUGGAUUUGAGUUCUAGUAGCAGAGCAGAAAGUAAAUAGUAGAGUGCCACAACCCAAACAACAUACUCCUGUAACUAAAUUAUACCUCACAGAUUUUGUAUUGAGAAUGAGCAUUUGAAAGAAAAGGAGUUUGUUUUGCUACACUCAUUUUCAUUUAUUACCAGUGUUUAGAAUGUGUUGAUUUCCUUAAUUGCAACAAUUUGCUGGGCCGUGACUUGGUUCUUAAAUUACUCAGACUGCUGUAAUCGUGGUGGUUGUGGAAGGGACAGCUCUUGAAGUGUGGAAACAUGGAAUGAUUUUGCUCAUUCUUCUCUUGUUUCCAGUGUCUGUUUUUGAAUUUCUUGCUGCAAAAUUGUUUUCUUUUCCUUUUUCCUUAAAUUCGGUGCUUUGGUGCUAAGACAUGAGCAGCUCUACUACACUAAACUGGACAGAAGUCACAGCAGGAUCAUGAAUGUUUUAUUAACAAAUCGAUUUAGAUGCACAUUUGAGAAACAUAUCAGUUAGUAAUCACACGGUCUGAUUUCUAUUUUAUUUUAAUAGCAAACGUAAUAAAGACUCUUUAAACAUGCUGGAAUGCUUUGCACUGUUGUAUGUACACCUUAAUACAAGUUCUAUGUUUUUCAGUUAUGAUUUUCUUCAUUUCUCCUGAAGUACAGGCAGCUUAGGCCAUUUUAGGUAAGGAUGUGCCCACUUCCUCCAGUCUUCCUCCAUUAGCUGUUCCAACGUAAUCUUUCUCUGCUGCAGGUAAUAGAGUCAUUGAACUGUGGAUUACUUAAGACUGACAACUGCUGCAUGAAAGUAUAAGUGGGUAUACAGUAGGAUUUUCUUAUUAGUUAGACUUAUUAGUCUUUAUUCUCCUUACUAUACCAGGGAAAAACCCAAAUAAUAGACAGCGGGGUCCUUGUGAACAGAAUAGAGAUCAGAUAAUAGACUCCCAAAGCCUGAAUUCUUGAAUCAAUACGACUGUUACCUUUGUUUUCAUGUGCUGAGUAAUACCCAUCCUUAAGUGUUCCUGAUGGAAUAACGCAGUAAUGGGCUAAGGUAAAGGCAGCCCAGUGUGACUUCAAGGAGCACAAAGGGAAAGAAGUCUUACUAUUUCUAUGACAGAAAUGCUAGCAGAGCAAGCUUGUAUGGGUCUGUGAGCAUGGUGGGAACGUUACCAUUGGUGAAAGAAAGGCAGAGAAGUGGUUCUCUUAGUUACUUUUUACCAUUUUACUCUUCCUGCUGAGACUGCUAAAUGCUUCAUCAGCCUGAAUGGCAUUAACAUCACCUCUGUGAGAUCUGAGAGUUACUAUCACAGUGUUCACUCCUAUUUCUAGGGUUGAAGAAAGACAAAUGUGAAUGACAAAACUGAUUCCAAUUUGUGCCCUGGGAGCUCAGUCCCAAGUGGUACAGAGGACUGUGAGCAAUGCAAGGGAACUGCUGUUCACCUUGUUUCCAGAGGGUCAGAUUUCAGUGCUGGUGCAAACCCUGUGUGUCCCAGUGAGAAAGGACUCACUCAAUAUGUGGUGUUAAUAUUCCCAAUUUAUACAAAUUUUAUGCUUUAAUUGAGUAAUCUUUGUAAAUACGAAUAGUAAUAUAAUUGACCAUUGGACUUUACAAAGAACCUCCUUCCCUAUUUUCAAUUACAAGUCAGAGUACAAUCAGAAAGUGUUAAGAGGGCAAUGCUCUGUUGUGACUGAGACACAGGAACAGCCUAACCAGCUCCUUGCCACUGCGGGCAGGAUGCAGUUGCAUUCAGAAUGAAUGUUUUGCUCUUUGUGACCAAAGGCUGUAUUUGAGCUUUCGGAUUCUCAGUGAUACUGAGGCUGUAUCUGGUGUAGUUCUUAAUGGCCGUUACUGUUCAGAGCGGGGAGUUCUGGUGUGGUAAUGCCAUAAGACCCAAUGGCUUUAAAACAGAGGUGGUCUUUCUCUUUAUAAUGCUGUUCUGGUACAGAGAAUCAGGACAGUGUCCUCGUUCAUCUGUCUGCUCCCCUUCACUUCCAGCCUCCAUCAUCAGGGUAAGGAUGAGUUUGAGAACAGGAACAGCUGUGGUGCUCAGUUAAUGAAGGAGUUUCCCACUAGGUGGUAGUGAAGAGAAUCGUGUCACAUACUGGUCAGAGCACGUUUUAAUUAUUUUUUUAUCAAGGGGAAUCCCAUGAGGAUCUUACAAGCAGAAUAGCCUGGUGUAGCUCUGAGCUAUACUGUCAAAACUGGAUCUCUUCAUUUUUUCUCAUUCCCUUUUUACUCAUUUCCAUGGCAUUUGUUCCUCUCAGAGCCAGGCAGGGUUGACAGCUUUACUUGUAAUGUCAUCUCCUGAAAGGUGAAGUGAAUCUACAUGAAUCUAUUCUGGCUCUCCUUCCACCUCCAUUACAAAGGCACCAAGGCAGAGCUGGAUAAAUGUAAUCUAAUGCCAUUUAAGCCCUUUGGAGGUGAGGACUCUGCAGCCAGUCCUUUGAUCUGCUUUUCCACCAUACUUUCCUGUCUGUUCUCUGAGAGCUACAUAAAAGAAAACACAGUAUUUUUGGUUGCUUCUGGUUUUGAAAUACUUUAACAGGUCAAAGCAGUGCAUCAGUCUGUAUCAAAGGCACCAGACAGAACAGCUGUUUUGGAAGGGCUUUGUAAUGUCAGAGUACAUUCUCACUGAAAUUCAGACUAAAGCUCCCCUGUAGGUCCAAAGGAAGCACGUACAAAAGAGAUGAGGAGGAAAUCAUCUCGGGGACGCAGGCUGUGCUCCCCUUUGGAGUAAUGCAGGUGAUGGGUCUGCAAGGAGGAAUACAUUUGUCCUGUGAAUUCAGCUGGCUACUCUAAUGUAAUGAUAGACCAAGCUUGCAAAAUCAUGGAGUAGUUUAUGCACCAACCCUGGGAUGCUGGAAAAGAAAAUAAAAAGUAUAAAUAUUGUAUAUAAAGUAUAUAUGUUAUAUUGAUAUAUAUAUACUUGAAUAGCUCAUCAGCUAAAAUAUCACUUGUGUCAAAUUAAUGUGCUGUAAAUUGUGUAAGACAGAAAUUGGAAGCAUUUCAAUAAAGGAGCAGAGCAGGAAUAUCGCUGCUUUACAGA